UAUCCUGUUUUGCAAUCGAGAUGAAAACAACAGUAGUAAUACUUGCCCUUUGCCUGGGUGUAUCCUUGGCCGACACCCAAACGAAAAAAGCCGUUAAACCCAAAGACGUUUCGAAACGUAGCUUCAGUUAUGGAGGAUACGGCGGCGGAUACGGUGGUGGUUACGGUGGCGGUUACGGAGGAGGAUACGGCGGCGGUUACGGCGGGGGCUAUGGUGGAGGUUAUGGAUUAGGGGGUGGUUUGAGCAGUAGUACUCUCAUCACCCAAUCUGUCCCUGUUCCUGUCCCGGUACCAGUUGAGAAACCCGUGGCAGUUCCAGUGGCACAACCAGUGCCAGUUCCAGCACCUUAUCCAGUACCAGUUGUUCAUAAGGAAGCUGUAGCUGUUCCAGUUUACGUCGGCGGUGGUGGAUACGGUGGCGGUUACGGAGGUGGUUACGGAGGAGGUUACGGAGGAGGUUACGGAGGAGGUUACGGAGGUGGUUACGGAGGCGGUUAUGGAUAUGGAGGUGGUUACGUCAAUCCUGUGAUUUCCUUAUCCAAAAACACCUCACCAGUGAUUAAUGCAUCCACUUUUGCAACCACAAAAAGACUCACAGAGAACGUACUUCUAUUGGUCCUCGGUAUCUCAGCUGCCAUUGCAGGUGAAACAACCACCAGAGUGAAACGUGGUUAUAUUCUCGGCAGUGGAGGGGGAUACGGAGGCGGAAUUGGAGGAGGAUACGGUGGUGGUAUCGGAUAUGGAGGCGGAUACGGAGGAGGAUAUGGUGGUGGCAUUGGGGGAGGCUUCGGAGGUGGUUUCGGAGGUGGUUUCGGAGGUGGCCUUGGAGGUGGAAUUGGAGGUGGCAGCACUAUCAUCACCCACAGUGUAGCUGUACCAGUUCCAGUACCUGUAACGAGACAUGUACCUGUGCCAGUACCACAACCUGUUGUCGUAGCCAAACCAGUGCCAGUUCCAGUUAUUAAGAAAGUAGCUGUUGCUGUACCUGUAGCUGUUGGAGGUGGCGGUUAUCGAGGAGGUUUCGGAAGCGGAUUCGGGGGUGGAUACGGUGGCGGAUAUGGAGGUGGUUACGGAGGCUGGAGAAGAUCUGGAUGGUGGUAAACUCUUACCAAACUGUAUCAUCUACAUUUUCAUACAUCAUGUUUUGCACCUGUAUGUUUAAUAU